AGCCCCUGGAGGAAUAUGGUCCAGCGAUUGCUCCAAGAAAGAAAUUAUUCUUCGAACUGCUACGACGUAGAAGAGAAACUAGAUUUUACAAAGCCGUGUUGCCGCUUUGUUUUGUACAGCCGAGCUUCGUCACGUCAACGGCAUUCGUGGGGCAUGAUACGACAUGACGGUCGGUUUGUACGCGACAUUAUGAAGAUGUCCCCGAUGUACGGCGAAACGACGAGGACUACGACGAAGACGACGAAGACGACAGCGACGGCGGCGGCGUGCGAAGCAUUUACAAACAUCUCCACGCUCGUUUGUGCACGUGUAGUGCGCGGCGGCGCGAGAUGCACGUGCGUGUACACGCGUGUGGACGCACACCGGCAUUGCACGCAUUAUCUGAUGGCACCGACAUACGUCUUGGCUGUCAGCCGAUCGUUAAGGGAACAAUCAGGGUCGCCCGGAUCAAUUGGGCUGGUCCUCUUCCUGUCUCCCUUCUUCUUCUUCUUCUUUUCAGUUUUCUCAGUUCAAUCUUAUUCUCACUCUCUGCGUGCGCAUAUCGUUGAUAUCAUCAACGUGAUUGAUAUUUAUUGUCAAUAUUUUCACGCCAACAAUAUCAUUCGAUGUCUAAAAACUAUUUCCUACUAUGCAAGUGACAUCGUUUUUUGAAAAAAAAGCGAAGACAAAUGAUCUUAUUUUGUUAUGAGCUUACUAAUCUUCUUCUAUAUUGGAAAUAUAUGGAAUCAGAUCAACUUAAAAUAAAAUAAAAUAAAAUAAAAUUUAUUAAACGGGAAGAACCCUCUAGUAUACAGUAGAUUACAAGAGAAAA